GCCGGGAGACUACUAAGGCUCUCGGGUCCGUGCGUCCGCGGCCUGGCCGGCGGAGAACAUGGCGCUGCCCCCGGCCGCCGCGCCCCCCGGGGCUGGCGAACCUCUGGGCCUGCCGCUGUCGGCGCUGCGGCCCGAGCCCAGCGGCGUCCCGCUGCACUCGCCCUGGACCUUCUGGCUGGACAGGUCACUUCCUGGUGCCACGGCUGCUGAGUGUGCCUCGAAUCUGAAGAAACUCUACACUGUGGGAACAGUACAGAUAUUCUGGAGUGUGUACAAUAACAUCCCUCCUGUGCCCAGCCUGCCUUUGAGAUGUAGUUACCACUUAAUGAGAGGAGAGAGGCGACCACUUUGGGAGGAGGAGAGUAAUGCAAAGGGCGGCGUGUGGAAGAUGAAAGUCCCCAAGGACGGCACGUCCACAGUUUGGAAAGAGCUGUUGUUAGCGACCAUUGGGGAGCAGUUCUCGGACUGUGUGGCAGCAGAUGACGAAGUCAUAGGGGUCAGUGUGAGUGUUCGGGACCGAGAGGAUGUCAUCCAGGUCUGGAAUGUCAACGCCUCAUUAGUGGGUGAAGCUUCUGUGCUCGAGAAGAUCCAUGAGCUCCUGCCCCACAUAUCUUUUAAAGCAGUGUUUUAUAAACACCCAGAAAGUUUGCCCCAAGAGGACGGCGCACGGCGGGCGAACGAACGGGAGAGGGGCAGCACGGGAGAGGGGCAGCGGCGGCGCGGAGAAGCGUGGAGCUGCCGGCGCCUCCUCCCUGGACUCGGUGGUGUCCCAGGAGCUUCUGCUGACAAUCCCAGUUUCCGAGGGAACCCUUUCGGCCAUGGUGAGGGCUGCGCUCCCUUCUCUGACUUGCCUUCAGCCAUGAACGGAUGGGUGUGAUGCCUGCUAGCCGAAAGGGUGAGUGAAAGUUGGUGACUAUUCAUUUGAAACGUCACAAGACCAUAAAGAAAAAAAAAUGUCAAUGAAGACGAUGAACCAAGAAGGCAGUGAACACAUCUGUGAGAGCAGGGACACACCAUGGUGUUCAUCUCAUUGUUAAACCUUUCAGGAUGAUUCUUACAGGAAUCUGAGGAAGGACAUGAGGGAACUUUUCUUACUUGGCUUUGUUUUGUUUUAAUAAGACUCUGAAGCAUGGGCAAUCGAAAUUUUGGAAGGAAGGCACCAUUGUCUGAGGAAUUGCUUUUUGAGCCCUGUCAUAACUUACCAGUAACACAAGCCACACUGCAGCACAGCUCUGAUUCCUUCAUCCUGAGUCCCAGUUUGCUCGUGGAUAGGUCCCAGUCGUUGGCCCUCACAUAAUGGGCUCCUGAAAAAGCCAAAGGGCUGUAAAGUUGGGUUUCUCAGCAAUUUUCUUAAAAAUUUCUGGGGACUUUUGCCCAUUACCUGCCUCAUCAGGUCAUUCAGGGGCGUGACAGAAGGAACGUGAUAUUUUCCUGUUAUGUGUACUUUCCACAUUUGAUACCAUCUACCAUGUUCCUGAGAAAGCAGCGGCUUCCCGUGUAACAGUGAAUAAUUGUGACUUACCUUUACACCCAGUCACUUGCUGAGGUGCAGAGGGAUGUAGGGCGAUGCCUGACAUCCUGCAGUAGCUUUGUCCUAGAAUAGAGCCAGUUUAUGGGCACCGUUGAGUGUCAGGUAUUUACUUAGUGACACGAAGUGCUAAGAGCCAUUGGCAUAAACUCAUCUCAUUAGUGGACUUGUAUUCAAAACAUAUUUAAUUGGGAGAAUAGAGUAAAAGGCACACAUCUUCAAAGUUAACUAAUAAUUAACUGACGUGUAUAUGAUCUCUUUCCUUUGAUUCCCUGUAUUCCGUACAAAUCGUGGUGAUGGAUUAGAUGGUGUCUGUACUAACUAGGCUCUGGAAGUUGUCUGUUCAAACCUUCUUCAUUUACAAAUGGCACUGCCGAAGCCCACCCCGUCUGAGUGGGAUGUUGAUGUUCCUGGCCUUAGUUUAGAAAUGGACAUUGGAAUUGGUCCUCAACUCACCACUCGUUCCAAGAGAUGUCGUCUGGUGAUGGGUGUGUCUUGAAAACACUGUUAAACAUUCAGGUGUUUGGGCCAGAAUUUUUUUUGAAGAUUUUAUGGCUAGGGAGCAUGUUGACAUGCUGAUUUCACAGAACUUUAGGAAAACAACUAGUCUCACUGUUAUAUACCAUCCUGUCCCUCAAGAGCCUGUUGACUUUCACGUUUCUGAGCAGACUAGUCAUACUUUUCAUUUCAUUUUACUGCAGCUAGAGAGGGAGAAAAUAUCAUCCUGUUAUUUUCUGCACAGUAGUUUUCCUUUCAUUGACAAGAAGUAGGCAAACAAUCAACAAUAAACAAGACAAGGAUGUCUGCAGUAUAAAAAUAAAAUGGCCAGUGGAGUCGUGCGGCGGUAGAGCUGAAUGAAAUCUUAGAUAAAUUUUCAGGGUCCUAAGUCAGGUCUGGGGGUCCCUCGCAGAGGGCUCCCAGUGCGAUAGUCCUUGGCUAGGCUUUGGUGAAUGGUCUGUAGAUUGGUGAGCAGAUGUCACACAUACAGGUGGAGUAGACAAUAAAUCUUUAAUCUGUCUGGAGUACAAAUGAGAAUUCAUAGAAGUGGUUGGGAUUCGGAAGGUCUUGAAAUGUCACGGGGCCCAGCCUUUCUUACCUGUCACCCCUGACUUCAGUACUGAGAGUCUGACUCAGUCUCGUUGUCCUGAAAUUGUUGUAUGAAAUUGAACAAAACCACAUGAAUAGGUUUAAUGAAUAGUCGGCCUAUUUUACUUGUCAAUUUCAGUUGUUAAGACUAUCGGAAAAGUCAGUCUGAAGAACUGUAAUAAAAAUCACUCUUUUGAAAGAGAAUCUACUGUUCGUCCAUGUUGAAUAGCAGUGUUAGUUUUUAUAAAUGAGGAAAUGCUUUAUGUUUCUCAGACUGCAAUAAACUUCCCAGGGCUGUGUUUUUAGUAGGAAGUAGAGGUCCUGUGAGCUGGGAUAUUCAUUCUGACAUUUUCAUCCAUCCCCAAGUCAGCUUUGAGGCACACCAAAGGAUGAAGUCUCUGCGAUUCAGGGACUUGUCCUGGCCUAGUGCUGCGCACCUGAAGGCUGAUCAGGUCCUUUCACUGCCAACUCAGUCAUAGUCUUGUGCCUUUUACACCUUAUAGUUUAUUGAGUAAUGAAAUGAUCGCUAAUCAUUUGGAGUCUUUAGUCUCAACAUCAACUCUUGUUCUGAGUGAGGCAUUUCCUGGAAUGUGUCCUCAUGGUAAAGGAGGUCAGAUCCACAGGGUGGGUGGUCAGAAUGGCACAUCCUCUGCCUUGGGUGCAGGGGAAUAAAACUGAGAUAAAAGGGUUGCACAAAUAGAUCAUUAUAGCCAAAGUUUUGGGGUCAGAUGAUGGCUAAUGUACUGAAUCUGUGUUGGCAGUAAACAUGUCUGUAUAACGAAGUAAGGAAUGAGAAAGGAGAGUCUGUCUGUGGGUUGUGGCUCCUUAAGCCCACCAUUCACCUGGCAGACCUCUGAUUUGCCUUCUGUUUGCCUGGUGUGCGCAUGAAGCAUUCGUUAAUGUCGUUCCCUGUCUGAGGCGUGGAGUGAAGAGUGGCUAAGUCUGUUGCAUAUUUAAUAGGCAGCUAGCCAUGGUUAUUAAUAAAUGUGAUAAUAACAGUCUGGAUUUGCAUAGUGUUCCUGAGAAGAUUGACGAGGAAUGGCAGAGGUUCUGGCUUAUUUGUCAGGCUGUGCUCUGGCCUUGUGCUGUUCCCAACCACCAAACUCUCCACAGAUCUGGUGACACACUCUAAGCACCAAGUGAUGUGAGUGAUUUGCUCACACUGUUCACGUUGUUUUCAUUUAUUCAUGUACAGUUUCUCUUUGUGUGUCUGUGUGUGUGUGUCUGUGUGUGCAGAGGUCAGAGGUCAGCCUCAUGGGUCAACCUCAUACAGCAUCCACCUGGUUGUCUGAGACUGGGUCUCUUGCUUGCCUGGAACUUGCAGAGAAGGCUAGUCUGCUUGAGUCUGUUUCUCCCUUCCCAGAGCCAAGACGGCAAGUGCAGCUUUUAUACACGAUGGCUGGGAACCUGCACUCAGGUCCUCGUGCGCGCAUCAUGGCAAGUACUUCACCGACUUUGCCGUCCUCCUAGUUUCAGUUUGCUUUUGAUCUUUCUCAUGAUCACACUCUUAACUUUUGACUUGUGGAGAAGUAGAAACUUGGAAGAUACAAACCCAUCUGACUUCAAGUUAGGCAAGAGGCUGACUUGUGAAGCUGGGCAUCUUUGCUUUUUAGAUAAAACUUGAUAAUGAACUCCUCCCUUCCCCCUCUCCCCAGAGGUCUGAGACAGGAGAGCAGGCUGACACAUCCCUUUCUGGGCCACCUUGGGUUGCAGUCUGUCAUUGGGCCAAGCCACUUGGUUGUGCUUAAACUUCCAGUCUGUGAAAUUUUGACUCUGAAAAGUAAUUUCAACAAUUUAAUAAACUAUAUAAUAUGUUUUAUAAGCUGGAGCGAAUGAUCUUAAGUAUUUUGGUCUCUUUCAUAACACAAUGAAGCUAAUAUUGGUAAAAAUACAGAUCUUCUCUCAUGCCAUAAAGAGAAGCGAGAUUUAAUAAGCAUUUAUAAGCACUGGCAGCUGCCUAUCAGAUUGUAUAACUUGGGCUCCAGCAUGCGGAGACAGUGUCAACUUAAAUUUUAUCUCCCCAGUAUUUUCAACACGUUUAUUUUGCCUCUCUCUCCAGUCCCUAACCUAAUAUAAGUAAUGUAAUUGGCCGAAUAUUUUCCACAUAGCUAAUUGGCUAACGGCCAGUGAUAUAAGCCAUUGUCUGGCUUGAUGAAGAUCAGAAAUUAACAUGACAUUUUCAUGGAGGUAAUAGAAUAUAUUAGUGAUGCAUUCAUUCAGCAUGGCCAGUGUCCAUCCUUUCUUGCCCAUGAGCAGAGGCAGGAUAGUCAUGAACAACCCUCUGGCCUCACAGCAGUGGGCAGCCAGCCCGUGUCCAAUGUGCAGUUACCUCCUUCAGAUAGAGCUAUGAAGCACGUGAAUGAAUUAUUCCGUUUGUGAAUUAAAAGAGAAAACCCACCGACUACUAUUGUAAGAUUAAAUUCCAAUUAGAAGAUUGCAUUUAAUUCAGAAGCUGUAACGUUGUUUUAAUGAAUUCUGUUGGAGGCGACAGUUUAUGUGGAAUAAAUUUAUAUGCUGUAGGUAGAUAUAAAUUCAUUGGAUAAUGUUAAACAUGUUACUUCAUAUAUAUUAGCUGUGAAAUUUAUUUCUCUCUAGUUAUGUCCCCAAGGAGGUGGCGUCAGAGGGAAAAACAUAGCUUCAAAGAAAGAACCCUUUCUGAUACUUGCUCUGAAACAGCCAUUUCUCACUCUCAUUUUUUAAAAAAAAAAAUUGUUAAAUUUCUGCAUUAACUAAAUUUAUGAUUCUUGCUAUCUGCUAUUUAUAAAAUUGAAUAUAGGUUUUUAUGAUAUAGGAAAUUAGGCUAGGAAUCAGAAUAUGACCCAACUUUGUAAUAAAGGUGAUCUGCAUUUAUAUUGCAGGUACUUCCCAUUCCUCUCUGAGCCCCUUGUGGGAUUAUAUAAGCAUUUUCCUGGACAUACUAAUUUGCUUUAGAAUAAACUUUUAAUCUAUCGGGUAGCUUUUGUUCGUUUCGCACCUAGACACACUUCUUGCCUGAAUCAAGGAUGGUGAACAUUCUUAACACAGGAUUUGAUCAUUUCCUUUCCAUUCCCACGCUUGGGGCAGACACUGAAGGUCUAAGUCUCUAAGAAUUUUCCACCUUCAAUCUUGUAGGUUAUCAGUUCACCGUUCGUGGUAUCAGUGGCACCAUCGUUUAUAAAGCAAGUAGCUUUAGGGAAGUCUUUCCAGUUGACCUUUAUAUGCCCAGUUCACCCUUAUCUGGUACACAGUCACUGAAAGUUCAUGUUUCUUAUGUCAGUAAAAGAAUCCUAUAUAUGAGGACCAGGGAACUGGCUAAACAUUAGGUAGUGGAGGCGCUAUCCAUGCAAGCCUGAGUUCAGUUCCUGGAACCCACCUUAAAAGCUGCAUGUUGUGCCCUACCUCUGUACUCUUAGCAUUCAUUCCUACAGUGAAAUGGGAGACUAAGGUAUAGUUGCUUGAAAGCUUGCAGGCCAGCUACUCUGGUGUAUAAGAUCAGAAGCAGCUAGAGAAGGGCUGCCUCAACAGUAUCGAAAGUGAGAACCAACCCUCGAAGUUUCCUGACCUCCAUGAAUGUGCCCUGGCAUACUCAAAUGUUGACGGUAUUGAUAUGGGGUACUUAAUAUAGAAAUGUGUAAGUAUACAUGUAUAUAUGUAUACAUACACACAGAUACA